AAAAGUGUACACGGAUUUGUGUUAUGGUCUGAGACAGACAUGUUUCGAAUAAUUAUAUUUUCUGUGUUAAUUUCUUGUGUUUUAACAGAAAAUGUGAGAGUAGUGGAAUUGGAUGAUGGGGCAGUGGUGGGUAAUAAGUAUUGGAAAGGUGAUUUCUACGAAUUUUAUGGAGUACCGUAUGCUACUGCACCGACUGGGCGGGAUAAAUUUAAGGCACCACUCCCUGUAACGAAAAGAGAGAAAACACUCGCAGCCGAUGCCAAAGACAUAUUAUGUCAACAAAUCUUCUUCACUGAUGAUGAUGAUGAUGAUACACUGCUGCAAGGAGAAGAAGACUGUUUAAUUCUUAACCUCCUUGUUCCCAAAAUUGCAAGUGAGAGUAAUUUAGUUCCAGUCGUAGUCUAUUUACAUAGUGGAGCAUUCGCUGGUGGCAGCGGUAACAUGGGAAAUCUAAACUAUGUAGCAAGACAUGAUGUUAUAGCAAUCAGUCUUAAUUAUAGAUUAGGUGCUAUAGGAUUCGCCUGCCUUGGCACUGAAGAAAUUCCUGGUAAUGCCGCUCUGAAAGACCAAGUAGCAGCAUUGAGAUGGAUCAAUUCAAAUAUUCAUAAGUUUGGUGGAGAUCGUAGGAAGGUUACGCUAGCUGGUUAUAGUGUUGGUGCGGCAAUGGCUGAGUUGAUAGCACUUUCUGAUGCUACAGAAGGUUUGAUAGACAAAUUGAUUUUAGAAAGUGGUUCUGCUUUAUCGCCUUUUGCUGUUAACAGAGAUCCAAUAAGCACUGCUAGGAAUAUAGCCAGAUCCAUAGGCUAUAACGGUUCAGGAACGAUUGAAGAUUUAAAUGAGUUUUAUUUAAAUGCUCCUGUAGUUGAUAUAACAAAAAGAAGUUUGAAUUUCUUUUUGCCAAACAGCACAUUUGGAUUUGCACCAUGUAUUGAAAAGAAAUCGAAAAAAUCUGAAGCUAUUUUGACCGAGUCUCCAUUAGAAUCUUUGAGUAAAAAGGAAACCAAGUACGCAGUUUUGACCGGACUCGCAAGUAUGGAGGGUCUGAGUAGAUCAAUCAAAUUCGAAACAUGGAUGGAUUUGAUGAACGAAAACUUUUCAGAUUUCCUUCCAGCUGACUUGACAUUCAAAGAUGAUAAAAGUAAAAAUGAGGUCGCGGAUUUAAUCAAAGAGUAUUAUUUCAAAGGAGAGGAAUUAAGUCAUGAUACUUUGCAAGAAUAUAUUGAUUACUUUUCAGAUUCCAUGUUCAGAAAUUCCAUUUUGAAAUCAGCUAGAUUGCACGCCGCGAGAUCGAAACGACCUUUAUAUUUUUAUGAGUUUUCUUACGUAGGAGAUUUGAAUAUGAAGCAUUAUUAUAUGGACAAGAUAAAAGGAGCUAGCCAUAGAGAUCAGACAUCAUACAUUCUCGACUUCUACGGCUUCACACACCACGCUGAGGAUAUGAAUAUAAGGGAUUUGAUGACUUUUAUGUGGACUGAUUUUGUGAAAUAUGAAAACCCAACUACUUAUGAGAGUCUGAUCGUGAAGCAAAAGUGGCAGAAAUAUACAAACGAAGAGCCAAAAUACUUAUCAAUAGGAACAAGUGUGGAGAUGAGAACUGAUCCCUUUAAAGAUAGUUAUGCCUUCUGGAAUAAGCUAUACGAAAAGUAUUACUGGAGUCCGAUAGCACCUUAAUAUGUAGAAUCAUUAAUUAAAACUCAAAUAAUUUGUUAACAUCGAUUA